AGUUGGGAACUUGAGCGUGAGUGCAUGUCUCGCUUGUGUCGCCGAAAAAUAGGAAUGUUGUGACGGUGAUCAAGAGCGAAAAGUGCGCGUGAAAAGAGUCUGAAACUGUGGAAAAAUAAUUCAAUUUCGCGCCUGGUGUUUUUCGUGAGCCAAGAAGAAAAAAAACAGAGCUGAGAUUAUUGUGCAGUCACAGAACUGGAGAGAAAGAGAGAACUUGUUGAUUUUGCAAGGAAAUUGACUUGGUGGUUGUGAGUUCUGUUUUUUGCCUUUGCUAUCAACCCUGAAGUCCAAUUAAAAGAGCAAGCGAUCGCGAGAACUGUGAGCGUCAACUUUGCCUAAUUUUUGCCGAUAAUUCAAUUCUAAAUCCACUGUUAAUUCCCCGCUUCGCAUACAAAGUGGCUUAAUUGUGUGCUUCUCUUCCUGCUUUUGCGGCGUCGCGCAGCACUCGAGGAUUUAGGAGACUGCACUCGCCGUCCACUAGCCAAGGCGUUCACCGGCUAAUGGCUAAAUAUCCAUGUUCAGCGCACAACUGAUGAGUUCGCCGCGGAUGAGUGGAGUAAAUCAGACCAUAUUGGAGGACUCUCAGCGUCUCACACUGCUCUUCCAUUAAAGUAGCGCUGCAACGUGAGCAAGACAGGCCAGUUGAUUGCGAAUUCAGGCUCCUGGAUUGAAUUCGUGCCCAAAACCGCGGGCGCAAUGUGAGCCGAGCCUGCGAGGACACAGCAUUUGGUGUUCACACGGAGUGUCGAAUUGCAAGACAGCAGCUUCCUCCAGUUUUUCAGUCAUGGCAGCAACGGAUGGCCAAAUAAUUCUCGCUGCGUCCAGAUUUGGAGACUCAGUGCCAGUUUAUCUCAGGGAAUUCGCCAAGACGCCACUUCCAGCUGUGGCGAAGAUCGUCAAGGGGCAGCAUCACAAUUUGGGCGUGCCCACGCUCUCCAAUCCGUCGCUCCAGAGCACGGCGCUCUUCCUCAACGCCGGCCGGAAGUAUCAGAUUCUUGCGCAGCCCAUCAAGAUCAAGGAAGGCAGAAAGACAACGAAUGUCGGCCCCAAAGUGCUCAUCCCAGAGACGUACCAGGGCUACUUUGAACUCCUCAGCGAGGACGGGCGCUCCACCAGGUGCAUAGACACGGUGCUGGACCUCUCCAAGCGCCGCAACUUCCGCGUGCUGGUGCGCGAGACGUUCCGGUGCAACCACAACAGCAAGACCGUGCACGCCGGCGAGAUCCUCACGACUAUCUCCGACAACGGCAAGUACUUGCAGUGCCGCACAUCCAAAGAUGAAAUCGUCAAUCUGCCACUUGAAGCCAAAGCGAAAUUCUCACCCAUUGCAAAGGAGGACAGCAUCAGUGGCGUGCACACUGUGAAGAACCUUCUGCAGAAGAGAAUGCCCAUAGUUGUGAGGUUAGUUUACGGAAGCGCUCCCAAGGGCCUGAAGACGCCCUUCGUGCCGGAGUUGCGACUGCUCGGCUGUGUGGAGGUGGACCGUGUGUUUGCGCUGCCAUUGCAGAAGGACACGGACCUCGUGUCGGUGCCACUGAACGUGAAGAUAAAGCUCCAGCGCGCCAAGAACAUGGAGCAGCUAGAGAACUUUAUCGAGUACAGUCGCUUUCUGGAGAAGGCGCAGCGGUUGCUGGCCGAUGCCCGCGAUCGCCUACAAGUGAUUGAUCUCAAGUUGUCGGACAAGAAGGAGUCCAAGCACAGCGUCAGCCGGAAGCCACUGAUGCUCACCACGUGUGCAGAGAACGGCUAUGUCCUGCGCAAGAGUGCCAGCUGUGAAUCCUCCAAGUACAUGCAGUCCAACUACGGCACCAUUGCCGAUGAGUACGAUGAGAUCGACCAGAUAUAUGACUACGUGAGGGGAUUCGCGCCGCUGCCGAAGAGCGCGGCGCGCAUUGAGGCCAUCCACGAGCCGCCGAUCGGCACGUCCAAGACCAGCGAGAUCUCAAAGUCCACGCAUGUCGACAAUUCGGGCACGUACAGCAGCCUCAUCAACCGGAGCAGCAACAGUCUGGAGCACAAGACGCACCACCACCACCAUCAUCACCAUGGCCAUAGCUUCCCCUCGGACGAGGGCAAGCCCAUCCCGCCGCCGAUCGAGACAAUCCCGGGCAAGAAGUUGGCAGAGAAGCGCCAGAGACCCACGUUACCAAAGCUUUAUGUGAAGAACGGCGUCGGCCACAGCCAGAAGUCGCCCAACGGAAACACGCCAGUAAUCACCGCAAACGGAAAGGAGCCGCUCGAGCCGCAGAGUCCUCUCUUCCACAUCAGGUACAAGAGCUUAAGCAGUCUUCAGCUGAACACUGACUCCCAUCCGACCACUCCGAUCUCCACGACACCCAAGAGCCAGGAAAAGUGUCAUCAACUGUCAAAGAGUGCCAGUGCAGGCCGCGAAGGGACUCUCGACUCGUCACGCAGCGGCGGACGCACGUCGGGCGACUCUAAGUUGCCGGAAAAGAAGACGCGGCGCCUCUCGCGACCGCGGAGUCUCUCCAAUCUGGUGUGGGAGUUGCGUCCGCAGAAGGACAAGUCCAAGAAGAAACUCUACGUGCACCAGUUUCACGAUCAUCGACACCAGGGAACGCUCUACUUGUAGGAGAAGCGAAAGGAAAUGAGGCAACGCAAGGCAGAAGCGUCUGGACGGUGUCUGAAGCAGCAGCAGCAUGAGGAGAAAAAAAGAACAGAGAAAACCAGUAGAUUUUUCGCUUCUUAAUGUCGAUUCAUAAAUAAUUUUUAAGCAAUUUGUGCUUCAUUAGGAUAUGUUGCUUGUAAGUUUUCGAGUCUUUUGAUGUGAUUUUACAAGAAAUGUCUUUUAAAGGUUUAGCUUAGUGAUGUAAUUCUUCCCCGCAAUCGCGGGUAUCCCAGCAAUUCCACCCACACUUGUGGGUUUGUCGAUUUGUAAGUGCAACACACACUUUGAAUUUACUUUGAUAUCUUUUACAACACAAUCUUAGAUGGAUAGAGAACACUUCUAGGUAUUUUCUGUAGUUGCAAUCCUUUUUUCAUCCGUGAAAAGUUCAAGUUCGUCCACAUAAGCUUGGAGUGGCGCAACAUCUUUGCCAUUCACAUGUGUUGCAGAUGGAAUUUCUACCUUUCGCGCGGUGACACAAUUGCUGCAACAUUUUACUGUACUGAUGUAAGGUUUAUUGAUUUUUUACAUUGUAACAACAUUUCAUUAAGAAUAAAUUCCUCUAAAUCGUAGAA